UGUGUAUAAAGUGCACUGGUGCAGACAGAGUCGUGGUUUACUUGCUUUCACCAUGACGUCUAGGAAAAAGGCAUCCCAAAGAAAGGAAAGGGAGGGGCCUCCUCGCAUAUUCACAAGGCUUCGGGAUUUAAGUGCAAACUGUUUGCAAAGCACUAUAAGCAAUGCACAUGAAGACAAAGAAGAAACACAUGACUCUAUCGCACCAAUCAGUACCUGUGGGCAGAUAAUCGAUUUAAGAAACCAGAUCAAACAGCAAUUAACUGAUAUGAAGACAGAUCUGCAAAUAAGAGGACUCCCCAAAGAAAUUGCUGAUGGUCCUCUCAAUAUAAGCCUAAGCAUGGCCUUCCAGCCCUUAGAAGCUGAAAUCUGUUCCAUGAAAAAUAAGGAAAUUGCCAUUGCACGAAUGCAGUCGUUCAAUGCUGUACUGAAUUCCCUGCAACAGGAUCAUGAACAAAAUAGUUCCAUACUGGCAGUGAUCAGUCAUACAGUUGAUGUUUGUAAGACGAUUCAGGCUGUGCAGUCAAAUAACAGGAUGUUGGCGGAAAAGCUGUCUGAUGUUCGCAGAAGCAGAAUGGAAACACGAGUUUUGCAACAAGAGCUCUUUAAAAAAGUGAAAGUAACUGAAGAAAGGAAAAAUAAACUGCAAGAGAUAGAAAUGAAGACCCAAGUUGUGGGAAAGGAAAACAUGGAUACCAUUGCCAACAAAGUGAUCAUAAUUCAAGAGAUUUUCCAGAGGUGCAUUCUGAGCGCACACAUAGAUUGGUCACAAGACCCACAUCUAACAUGUCUGCUGUUGAAGAUGAAGGAGUCUCCUUUUCAGUGACCAGCUGUAUAUAUUGAAAUAUUUUUCUACAAUAUUUUUGUCUGUAAACUCUGAACUAUUGGAAACGAAUAAAAGUAUAAAGUGAU